AUGUCCGCUGACUACUCGCCUCCAACCCAGGCCUCAACUACCUUUGCGCCCGCCCACGAGGUGAUCCCCGAGGACUCUGCUGCCACAGGAUCGCCCAACCCAGGACAUAUCUCCAGCCCACCUCCUGCCUCUCCCGCUGCCGUCAAGGCCGCCAUGCAGGCCAGACGAAAGUCUCGUGGCCUUGGAGAGGGCCUCCGUCCCGACUUUGUCUUCCCCAAACCUACCGGUGCCGCCCCGUCUGCCUCGACCUCUGGCCACUCUACCGGUGUCGUCAAUGGACUCCACAAGGACUUGAACAACCGUCUCUCCCUCAGUGCCGAUCCUGCUACCGUUGUCACGGUCAGCGCGACCACCCUUGAUAGCCACUCCAAGCUCGUCUCUGUUCGACCCCUUCAGGAGGACGACGCUCAGCUCCAACACCACCGUGCAGCAUCUCUUUCCGCGAAUGGCUCCCUUGCGCCACCAAAGAACUCACAGCAGCACCUCAGAACCCACUACCGCACCCACAGUCGAAACGGCUCCACGGUUACCGUGCAGGAUCUGAAGCAGGCUAUCGCUGCCGUCUCAAUGGAUCUCUUGGAGUUGCCACCCAUCACCGCCGUCUCGACCGGCUCUACUACCUCGACCACCACGACUACGACCACGGCGACAGAGAUGGGCGCCUCGGGAGCUACUUCAGUGACCUCAUCAGGAUCCUCAACAGGAGCCUCGUCCAACACCACCACCGUUGCAGAAUCAUCACUUGGAAAGGUCGCUACAUCUACUGGUACGUCUCUGUCGUCCACCACUACCACCACCACUACCAAGUCAAAGCUUUCCACUUUCUCUGUUUCAGCAGAUCCAGAACCCGAGAUGUCCUUCACAGGAAAUACCGCUCUCUCUUCUUUGCCCCCAUUGUCGUCCUUCUCUUCGAGUCCUUCUUCCUUCACCCAACGGACUCUCGAUUUCCUUCAAAACUCAACAACAACGACCACAGCCUCGCUACGAGGUCUAGGUUUAAACCUGGAUUCACUCAAGCAAUCCCCUCCGACUCUUACUCUGGACUCUGUCAAAGCUCCUUUGACCCCUCUUCGUGAUUCCUUUUCUUCUUAUGCCAACCCUCUCCCCUCCCCUUCCCUGCCCACCCGCCCAAACUCCUUCAUCUUGCCAAGGACGGCUCGCGAUCGUUUUUUCGUUUCUGUACCACCCUUCUUUGCCUACUCUAUCCCUCAUGAUAUCCCAUCCCCUUAUACCUCUCCACGACUCCUUCUCCCGGGUGCGGCUGGCCCGACCCCUCUCCCCGUGUCUCCAUUUGCUCGCAAACGAAAGUAUACUUAUCAUUACUCCACGACCCACUAUCCUUCUCCCACCAUCACAGUCAAGCUCCCAGGUCACGAUUCGGCCGUCGCUCUUCCCCACAGCCUACUUGUCGGAGACGUGCCGGAAACGGACCUGAACGAACGUCCUGUUGAGCAGGACGAUACAUCGGCAGCAGUAACAACAACAACGGAGCAGGAGCAACUCAAGGAGGAGGAGGAGACUGAGAAGAAGGAGACAGAAAACACUUACAAGGCAGAUGACGUUAUUGCAGCAACUCCAGAGGCACCCAAGGCACCCAAGACAACACUUACAGCAGCCGAGAAGCGCAUGUCAUGGGCUUCGAUGGUAACUUCAGAUGAGGCAUUGGCUGCCAAGGCACCUGCAGCUGUUGUCACACCCGCUGCAUCUCAACCCUAUCGACCCCCUGGAAGUCGUCUGAGAUCUGCUGCAGCAGCGGCAGCAGCAGGCGGUCAGAGCGCAGUCAACGGUCCUCGUCCUUCGGAAGUCGCUUCCGCAUCUGCACCAUCACCUGCUGCAUCUUCUAUUCCUGCGUCUGUUCCCACCCCCCCUGCAACAGAACAGGCCUCAGCCGCCCCUGGUCGCGUGAGAAAGGCUGCCCCUCCUCCAUUGAACCUUGCUGGCAAUAGCAACAGCAACACCAACAACACCGAUGCAGAUGGAACUGACUCUCCUACUACACCCACCACACCCAGUCGUCGUCGCAGGUCGAGAAGCCGAAAGAACCAGAAGGACACGCAGUUGGACGGCGCUCAAACACAGGAUCAGGACAAGGAUCUGACUGACGAUGCCGAUUCCUCAGCAACCGGCGAGAAGCCGCAGCAACAAGAUGAGAGCGCCAAUGGCGCAGCCAAUGGAAAUGCAGAUUCGACAGCGACAAGCGACCAACCCAAAAAGACAAGGACUCGUUCUCGCUCCCGAUCCAGAUCUCGAUCGCGUAGCCGUGCUCAUGCUGACAACAACUCGAGCCACGGAUCUUCAAACGAGUCGGUCCCUCCUGUCCCUCAGACACCCUCGUGGGUUCCUGUGCACAACAUGACCUUCGCCAGCGCAGCGCCUGCGCCUGCAACCUUGAGCGUCCAGAUUCCCGCUAUCGCACCUGCUAGCCCUGUUGGACCCGCCCACCCUGUCGCAGAGGUCCCUGUGAGCCCCAUGAACGGAUCGAUGCCCUUGAGCCCGAUGAACAGCCAGUUUGCCGAGGCAGAGUUCAAGCGUCGUGGACCCCGCCCUGCUCGUCUCUUGAGCACUCGUUCCAACCACAACUUGCAUCUUCAGACACUGACGGAAGGAGGACAGGCUGCGUUCUCUCCUAGGAGUGCGACCAACACGAACCCUGAUUACUUUUCGAUGCGACCCCUCCAGCACCCACCACGUACUCCCAUGACCCCUGGCGGCGAGUAUGGUGAUGAUGAUGACGACUACUAUGGACGCUUGCAGAUGGUGACGACCCCCAUGAUCCAGAAUGGAUUCUUUCCCAACUGGGCUAAAGGAGAUGCCCAAUUGGAGGAGUUGGAGCGCAUCCGCACGUUCUUGUCCGCCAGACAGUACCCCGAUGAAAUGCCUCUUUCCGACGAAUGGACACUGUUCUUUUCGGAUACAUCUCGUGCCAAGGACAAAACGCAGGUUCAGGAUGCAUACUCGAGCGCGAUUACACCCCUGUUUAGCUGUCACACUGUUCCCCAGUUUGCGACGUCAUGGAAGUAUGUCCGUGAGCGUGUUCGUCCUGCGGCCAUGAAGGUGAACCAGAACUUGCACUGGUUCAAGAAGGGCAUCAAGCCCAUGUGGGAGGAUCCUCGCAACAAGUAUGGAGGCCGUCUCACACUUUGCCCUCCCCGGUCGUUGCUCGAUACCGUCUGGGAGACUGUCUUGAUUCUUAUGGCGGGAGAUGUUCUCGACUACCGCGGCGAGAGCACGGGUGCAGUAUUUGCGCGCAGAGCUCGUGGAGAUCGUGUGGAGGUGUGGAUUGGAGCUGACGAUUCGCCCGAGGCAUUAGCACACAUCCGUGGAGUGUUAGCUCAGGAGUUGGCAGCCAGUGGAGCAGACGAGCUUGUGCGCACGGCCAAGUACAAGAAGCACUUUGACGGCAGACGUGAGGAGAAGCAGAAGGCUGCUGCGGCUGCCAAAGAGGCCAAUGCUGCUGCGGCUGCUGCCGCUGGCAUCACCGGUGUUUCUACUCCUACUACUGGUGCUGCAGGUGGUUUGGCCACACCUGGACCUGGACCAGCAGAAAAGAUUUCAACAUCGACUACACCGACCAUGUCGAGCAGCAGCACUUUCUCAGGUUUGUCGAGCCCACUCUUGUCCACUACCCCCCGGAUGGGUUCAUCUAGCACAUUCAGCAGCAGCAAUUUGAGCGAGUUCAAGACGUUUGAGGCGUUUACACAGCACCAACAGCAGCAGCAGGCCCUGAGAGAGCGUGAGCGUGAGGCGACCAAGGAGCAAGAACGGAUUAUGCAGUUGGGUAAGGAGCGGAUGGAGAGGGAGAAGGCGGAGAGGGACCGGUUACGGGAUGAGAAGGUGCGUGCUAUGGCUGCUGCUGCGAUGGCGGCUGCUGAGGCGAAGCAUCAGGAGAGGUUGCAGCGAGAGCGUGAGGCUGCUGCCGCAGCUGGUGGACAGUCAUAA